CACUUACAGACUUUGAACUUCAAAAUCAUACAAAGCAUCUAGAGGAACUAUCCCAGAUGUAUUCAAAAGAAUCAUUCUCUUUUGAAAGACCUCAUACUUUCUCAAAAAGGAUCAAAAGUCAGCCACGAGUGUAAAAGAAAAAGUAAUUUUUUAAAAAAAGGUUAGCCUUAAAAAAACAACCAUCUUAGCACUUGGGGAUUCCUUCCUAUUCAAAAGAAAACAAGAAAAAAUGACCAACAUUGUUGUCUUCUCUGCACCCUUCUCUUAAAAUCGUCAUUGGAAGUCCCCUGGGAAAAUGAGAUUCAGAUUCCUCAUCUAUUCAGAAUCAUGCAAUGGCCACGAACCACUGCAAAAGUAAGACUUCAGCUUAAAAAAAAAAAAAUCACUUCUGCUAAGACCUGAGCCUCGUCCUGGGGCAGCGACGCUCGCUCAGCUGGUGGGACCCAGCCGAGUGCGCACCGGGUGCAGCCGGGUGGGCAAUGCUGGGCUCAAGGCGAAGUUCAAGGAGAUCCCCAGGUUCUAAAACACCUUUCUUUACUAAACCCACUGGGUCCUCAGCCUCACCAUCUCUACCACUCCACUAGUGCCCCCCUCCCCCAUAAAAAAUGAAGCGAGCCGGGCGGGUGAGCGCGAGCCCAGAAAGGCAACAGAAAGAAAAACGCCUGUGACACAAAAUGGAGAAAGAGGAACCGAGCAGGGAAAGAAACGACGAAAAAGCGGGGAAAGGAGGUUAUUCAUAGAACAGCGAAGGAGCCUGACGGGUACAGACUACUAGAAGGGACGCAAAGGAGGGUAGCUGUAAAAGACUGGGGGAAAAAUCGGCCAAGUCAGAGACCGAGGAGGAAAGAAAGACGUUCUCGCUGCCGAGGCUCCAUUUUCAGCAGCGCCAUAUUCGCUUUUCCUUUCCCCGCUUUUUGUUUGGUUUUGUUUGCAGUCGGUGGACAGGCGCCAGCACAUUUCUGCAGCUUCAGCAGCUCUGCUCGGACAGCUGGGGAAGGCCGCAGGGCCCGGGCGGGGAACCAGCGCCUUUGGCCCCGGCCCUCGCGCCCCUCUCGGCUGCGAGGAGGGGACGCCCCGCCCGGGGCCCAGCGGCCGCCUGGAGGAACGCAGGCCGUCUGGUGUCGCCCGGGGUGUCGGGGGGCGCGCGAGGCUAAGGAAUGCCCAACCGAGAAGCGUCGACGAAUGAAGCUGGAAAAACGGGCUGGACCCGUGGGGAGAAGCAGAGGGCGCCUUAGGGCGAGAGCAGGGGACCGGGGCGCUCCUGGAGGUCCCGGCCACCGUCACCUGCGCGGGGCUGCGCGAUUGGCCUGCGCACCGCUGGGCCUCCCCGGCUCCAGGGAAAACCUCCGAGGUCCGGGCUCGGCCCAGAGCGCCAGGCGGGUCCCAGGGAAGGAUCCGCCGGCUCGGGCCUCGGGGCGCCAGGGCGGGAGGUGGCCAGGACACGCUUCUUUGCGGUUCCCAGCGGUGUUAGGUGCGGGCGAUGUCUCAGAGCUCCUUGGGGUUAAGUUCUGGGGUAGCUGGAAGUGGUUCGCGACUGAGUCAGGUCUCCCACCUCUCCACCCCUCUCCUGGAAGCCGUCAAAUGGUGUCUGGGCCUUGGAUCCUCGCUGGAGCAAUAGAAGCCCCUGGGUUCCCGGUGUCCCCAGCCCCGCCGGUGGAACCGCCGGGAACCAGCGAGCAGAGGCGCAGGCGAGGCGGCCGCUGGGAAGGAGCGGUGCGCCGUCGGUUUUCGCGCAGCGCUGCGGACCGGGACUGUCGGCUCCUUUUCUCCCUGGGCCCCUCACCCCGCAGAAGCCGGGGUGGCUUGAGUCUGGAAGCGACGGCUUCUCCAGACCGGUGGAGUAGGAGCACCUCAGGGGGAACUGAACCCCACAACAUCCCGGGGCGUCUUCGCUGGUUUUGCUCCUCAAAGAAAAAGUCUUCACGCUUGUGUUACAUCGGCUUUCCACGUCCUCCCUUCCUGGCCAAUUCCAACGAAAGCCCUGUGCGUGUCACCGGCUCCCAGUACUCAGAUCGCCUUAGACCAGGAAACCCAGCAAAAGUGCCCCCCCCCACACCUUAGCACCCUCGAAGCCCGACCGCCUUGCUCCAGCGCGGGCUGCUGCGCCCUCGAACGCCUUCGCUCCUGGAGCCACGGACCGAGCGUGGCCACCUGCGGCUUGGCUUCGCGUGGCAGAAGCCGGCUGUUUUAUUACCACUAUGUUAUUAACCGGCCUUUACAUUUUGAAAUAACAUUUAGGUUAUUUUCAGCAACUCAUGUUUCAUAUAUGUUUUUUUUUUUCAGACUAUGAGAUUUCCACAAGGAAAAUCCUAACCAGAUUUCUGUUAUUCACCCAUUCUUUUUCUUAUUCUGCAUAACAUGCAGAUUUCAAAUUACUUCAGGAUCAAAUUGUUUAAGAGUAAGUUCAGUGACUAAGCUCAAACGUUAGUUUUGACAUCUUUAGUUAAGCUGAUCUUUUCCCUGUGCUUUUUUUUUUUUUUUUUGUAGAAUGCUAAAAUCAAAAUUUGAAAAUGAGGUAGCCAUGUGUUGGCUCUAAAAUAUGAAAUCUACAAAAUUAGGGACUCAAAAGUUGAGCAGUUGCAAGGCCUAGUUCACAAGCAACACUGCAGCUUGUUUCUGACAUAGCUAUAAAGGGCUGCAAGAUUUUUGAAAUUAUUCAUAGUUGAAAUAGACAUUCUUCAUUUGACAAUAUAUGAACUUUUAAAUUGAGUACUGCCUGUUAGGUCUCACGUUAAUAUUAUGUUCCAUAUACUAAACAGUCUUUUGUGCUUCCCUCUUAUGGGAAAACUUACAAUUUACCCAUCAUGUUUCUUUUAAUUUAAUUAGGAUUUGAUUUAAAAAAGUACAAACUCUAAAGCUAUUUAGAAAAUACAUUUUAUGGCAGCUGAAUAUUAGAGUAAAUAAAGCUUUAAAAAAGCUACUUUUUCAUCUCUUAAGGAUUGCUUCCUUCUGAAAUAAAAGUUGGAAGUUGUACUUUGGUAGGUGUUCUAUCUACUCUUAAAUCUAGUCAUUAGAUGAAAGGAAUUAGGUAUUAAGGCCUACUUUAAAAAAAAAAAUCAUUGCCAAGCAUUUUUUAAACUCUUACGAAAAUCUUGGGUUUGUUUUCAUGAGGCUAUGUGCUGAUCAGUUUUCACUGUAGAACAAAGAUCACCCUGUAUGCCACUUCUUGCAUUUCAGGUGUUAAAUUUUACAAGAUAAUAUGCAAUGCAAAAAGAAAAUCAUCUGUUUGAUACAUUUAUCAUGUAAAAGAAAGCAUACAAUCAUUGCCUUAGAAUUAAGAGAAGCAGUAGAAUGUUAGGUAAGAGCUCUUAUGUUUUAUUCAAAAUCCAUUUAGAAAGAUAGUAGCAUAAAUUACUUCAGAGCAGAUUUUUGGCAAGGUAAUUCUUAGGAAUGCAAAAAGCUAAUUCAUAAAUGUCCAGUUUAUGAUAAUCAAUUUAUAACAUAUACAGUCUUUACAAAACUCUAUUGAUUAUUAUUUUAAUAUUGCCUGUUGGUCUAUAUGUCGUUCAAAAUCUUAAUAUUGGUAACAUUUUAAAUACUUUUAAGGCAUUUCUUUAUACUAGAGUGGCCUAUUUUAUUAUAUCACGAAUCAUAAUUGUUUCAAUCCUCUGAAACAUGUUAUACUAAGUAUAUUUUAAAUGGCCCUUAUUUGUAGUACAGAUAUUUCAGAUUUCAAUCUGCAGUUUUUACAUUUUUUAUUUACAUUAUAAAAGCCCAGAUGUUGUCAUAUGUUAGCACAUGGAAUACAUUUAGGUAUUUCAUUUUAAUAGAAUCCAAAUGUAAAUGUCUAAAGUGUGUACUAUCAUAGGAAUUAGCAGAGGAAAUAACUUCAUUUCACUGUAAUUCUAUUGGGAUUUUGAGAACAGUCAAUUAAAAACAAAGUAUAUUUCCAAUUUAUUAAGGCCUCAUAUUUGUAUCAAAAUAUGAGAAAGUAAUACAAUUUAUAUCCUCUGGCAGCCCCUUCCUAAUCCACUGCUUUAUUAAAUACUCUUCUGCUAUAUCCACUUGAUCAAACAGUAAGCACUAUCAAACACUAAGAAAUGAAAUAUUUUUAUUUCCCUUUUUAAUGUUUGGUGUACCUUCUUAACUGUUUAUGAAAAGUUGAUAUAGUUCAAAGUUGUUAAUUUUAAGUGUAAAACUAACAUGGAAAUUUGAAUUCAUUUAUCAAAUAUGUGGUAUUGAUGGAGGGUCAAGUACACCUGAGCAAUGAAUGUGUUGCAAAUAAAUAAUGUAUUACAAGAAGUUCAGUGGUUACAACUCUUUAUGUUGACUGGAAAUUUAGGAGUAGGAUUUUUUGUUUUUGUUUUUGAUACUACCUUUUGUUUUAGAAGAGCUAUAUAUGACAUCAAAUAUACUAAGAAAAGUGUGUGUAGCAGUACUGGUGUGUUUGCAUAAGUGGGGGGAAUAUUGAGGUAAUCUUAGAGCUUUUUCAUCUAUAUGUUUGAAAACAGUUUUUGUUUGGUUUCAGCUAAAUAUUUGACAACAUGUUCAAUGCCUCAGGCAACUUCUUAGGUAACUGUAAAGACCUAAAAAUAAAAGGGCAAAAGAACAUUGAUCAGCUAAAAUGUUACAAUUUUCAUUUAACAAAAAAGAACUAUAAAUAAGCCAUUGAUCUUAACUGGUAUUAAUGAAAAGUCUACAAAGUAUUACAGAAAAAUUACUUGGGUAUAUGGCUGAAUGAGAAACUAUCGCUACAGUAAAUACAAUAUUUUAUAGAUGUCACUAAUCUUUUCACACAAUGUUUUUAUAUGUUGUUUUAAAUUCUUUACUAUAGUACAAGUGUUCUGAAUUGAAUUCUUUUUAAACAUAGAGAAUACCCAGUUCAUUUUGUACAUUAGAAAUCAGAAACUACUGGAAUUCUUGGUUACUAACAAGGGUCUAAACACAACAGAAUUUCAUAAAUCAAUUAUAUGCUCCAUUUGAA